AUGGACAUUCCCAUUGCACCAUCGCCAACCCAAAAUGCCCAGAUUCGAGCGUGGUGGAAACGAGUGACUAAAAUCAACAACGGCCUACCAACCGAUAGCGACAUGAAAGCAGCUGACGAAGGUGUCUUUGGUCUACCGCUCUCAGAGUCAAUCCUGUAUGCUCAUUCAACUAUCUCGUAUAUGGAUCCUUCCAGUGGUGCUCUUUGUUAUGGUGUUAUUCCUACCAUUGUUGCUAAAUGCGGCUCAUUUCUAAAAUCAAAAGCGUUAGCCACAGAGGGCAUUUUUCGCAUGUCUGGUAGCAUUCGACGUAUUGCGGAUUUACAAUGCAUCUUCAACACGCCCGAAGAUUAUGGAGCCAAAUUCGAAUGGGAACACGGCAAAUACACGGUCCAUGAUGCUGCCAAUGUCAUGCGACGAUUCCUCAAUCACUUACCCGAGCCGGUCAUCCCGUUGGAUUAUUAUCGACCCUUCAAGGAAGCUUACGAUGACGACUAUGAUACAUCGAUGGCAAAGAUUGAAGCAUUCCAGAAUCUCAUUGAUUGCCUUCCUCUUGUUCACCAAUACCUGCUCAUGUACAUCAUGGACAUGCUCGGCUUGUUUGCCAAUGCAGAAGAGAAAACAAGGAUGAGCAUCUCUUCAUUGGCGGCUGUAUUUGCUCCUGGAAUCCUUUCACAUCCAGAUGACGAGUACAGACCUGGUGGUUACAAGGAAUCACAAAAUGUACUUGAAUUCUUGAUUCGAAAUCAUGAUCAAUUUACCGCACCUCGGUCAUGUAUCCCUGCUGGCCAAUCGCUUAUCCCUCGUUCUUCGCCUGCUAACAUUCCAGCCUCAUUACGUCGUAAGCCAUCCACAGCCUCCUCAAAGGAAUCUCGUCAAAGAAAAGGCAGCAUGGAUAAAUCAUUCAGUACAGUGCCACAACUGCCAUCCUCAUUACCCCAACAACAUGCACUACUACAACAAAAACAUCAUAUGAUAUCAUCGCCAUCCUUGUCAAAGCCAAGUCGUCGGCCCUCGUUACCUUUUAGUCAGACGACGAUUUCUUUGCCCGAUCAUGAUGGCACAACACCCCUAUUGAAACGAUCCAAUACCAUGCCGCUUAAACGUGUCAAUAACAAAAAUACCGAGCAAGGUUUGCCUGCGCCGAUGAAAAAGUCAGCAGGACGAUGGAAGUCGAUUCGAAGGGUGCAACAUGACAAGGAGCCACGUUUGUACUCUCGCUAA